UAUUAGUGAUGGAUCAUGGUACAUUGUUCUUCUUACUGUUAGUGUUACUGACAGUUUCUACUGAAGGAUCUUAUCAUAUGUCUACUGACUGUACUAAUACUGGAUCAUAUCAACAUGGUGGACUAGGACUGUAUCUAAGAGUAUGCUGUAAUAUUAGUAACUUAGGACAGUCUGUUACUAUCAGAGACCCUGGUAUUUAUAGAUACAUUCUCUGUCCUAAAGUACUACCAAAGUCCUGUCCUAAGGAACCACAAAAGUCUUGUCCUAGUGUAGUACAAUCAAACUCUACUCAAGCUCCUCGAGACUGCAAGGAUUGGUACAAUAAUGGUAGCACUACUAGUGGUGUUUAUACUGUUAAUCCUGAUGGAGGGACUCCAUUUAAUGUAUACUGUGAUAUGGAGACUGAUGGUGGUGGAUGGACUGUAUUUCAGAGGAGACAAGAUGGAUCUGUUGAUUUCUAUAGGAACUGGACUGACUAUGAGAAUGGAUUUGGCUGUCUUACUGGUGAGUUUUGGUUAGGAUUGAGCAAGAUUCAUCGUCUUACUAAAGAAGGAUCAAACACACUAAGAGUGGACCUGGGAGACUUUGAGGGGAACAGAGCCUUUGCCAAAUACUCUACAUUUAAUGUUGGUAACAGUAGUACUGAAUAUAUACUAACAGUAGGAGGAUACUCUAGUACUGCUGGGGAUGCAUUGGCCUAUCACAGUGGAAAGAAAUUUUCAACAAGAGAUAAUAAUAAUGAUUAUUACAGUGAUCAAAUUAAUUGUGCUCAGCCACGUGAAGGUGCUUGGUGGUUUCACAAGUGUAAUUAUUCUCAUCUCAAUGGUCCUUAUUACACUAAUCCAACUGAUGCUGGUAACGAAAGUGGAGUUCACUGGUACCACUGGAAGGGAGAUUUCUAUUCUCUGAAGUUCUCUGAGAUGAAAACUCGUCGUAACAAUUAAG